UGCACUUAAACUAAUUACUUACUUACUUGCUUUUAAAAUCAGCUUUUCAGUCCGCGUCUUACAUUUAAAACAUGAGCCAAGAAAUAAAGCCGGAAGUUAGCAGCACGCAGGACAAAAUGUGCGAAUUCCAAAAGGUGAGAAUGUUGAUGGAGCAGCGACUAAAUGUUACUGUUGAAGAAAUAUUUGGAGUGUUGGAAAGAACCAUAGCAGAGUACGAGGAGGAACUUUCUAGGACAAAGGAGGAGAACAAACGUCUACAAGAACUACUGGAUGCUGUUUUCAAACCUCAAGUUGUGCUACACAGAGCAGACGUCCAGCGGGUGUCAGCGGGGAGUCAUGAAGAGAUUCCCUCCAGGCAGCAGGAGUGGCACACCAGUGUGGGACAGAAGGAGCUACAGGCCCCCUCCCACAUUAAAGAGGAGCAGCCCUGGGAGCAGCUUCAUGAUGAAGAUGAAGCUCAGUCCUUACAGCUUCAUCACAGUCAAAGUGAGGAGAACAGAGGGGCGGAGCUUGUAAGACAACACAUCACAGAAGCUGAUGAAGAGCAUUGUGAAGAUAUAAACUCAGAACCAGACAGCAUCUUUGCUCCACUGUCAGACAUGGACGACAUGAUGUCAGACUCUUCUGAUCACAGUGACGACAUCCAAAAACCUUUGGAGAGUAAAAAUGAGUCUAAAAGUGAUACGAGACAUCACACUAACAACAAACACUUUGACUGCUCUGAAUGUGGAACAUCAUUUAGACAUAAGGGUAAUUUUACAGUACACAUGAGAAUACAUACUAGAGAGAAACCUUUUACUUGCUCUGUUUGUAAGAAGAGUUUCUCCAGAAAGUGUGACAUGACCACACACAUGAGAACACACACAGGUGAGAAACCUUUUACUUGCUCUGUUUGUAAGAAGAGUUUCUCCAGCAAGCAAGUCAUGACCACACACAUGAGAACACACACUGGUGAGAAACCUUUUACUUGCUCUGUUUGUAAGAAGAGUUUCUCCAGCAAGCAAGUCAUGACCACACACAUGAGAACACACACUGGUGAGAAACCUUUUACUUGCUCUGUUUGUAAGAAGAGUUUCUCCAGAAAGUGUGACAUGACCACACACAUGAGAACACACACAGGUGAUACACCGUUUAGUUGCUCUGUUUGUAAGAAGAGUUUCUCCAGCAAGCAAGUCAUGACCAUACACAUGAGAACACACACAGGUGAUACACCGUUUAGUUGCUCUGUUUGUAAGAAGAGUUUCUCCAGAAAGCAAGUCAUGACCACACACAUGAGAACACACACUGGUGAGAAACCUUUUACUUGCUCUGUUUGUAAGAAGAGUUUCUCCAGAAAGUGUGACAUGACCACACACAUGAGAAUACACACAGGUGAUACACCGUUUAGUUGCUCUGUUUGUAAGAAGAGUUUCUCCAGCAAGCAAGUCAUGACCACACACAUGAGAACACACACUGGAGAGAAACCUUUUGCUUGCUCAGUUUGUGCUAAACGAGUCAACACUAAGUAUGACAUGAUAUUACACAUGAGAACACACACUGGUGAGAAACCUUUUACUUGCUCUGUUUGUAAGAAGAGUUUCUCCAGCAAGCAAGUCAUGACCAUACACAUGAGAACACACACUGGAGAGAAACCUUUUGCUUGCUCAGCUUGUGCUAAACGAGUCAACACUAAGAAUGACAUGAUAGUACACAUGAGAACACACACUGGUGAGAAACCUUUUACUUGCUCUGUUUGUAAGAAGAGUUUCUCCAGCAAGCAAGUCAUGACCACACACAUGAGAACACACACUGGAGAGAAACCGUUUAGUUGCACUGUGUGUGUUAAAAGGUUCAUGUAUAAGUAUCAAAAGUUAAAGUUAAAGUUAAAGUACCAAUGAUUGUCAUACACACACACUAGGUGUGGCGAGAUUAUUCUCUGCAUUUGACCCAUCACCCUUGAUCACCCCCUGGGAGGUGAGGGGAGCAGUGGGCAGCAGCGGUGGCCGCGCCCGGUGAAGGUCAGUAAACACAAGUGUGUAACAGUCAUGGAAGCUGCAGGGAUUUAAAAACACUUAAACAGUGAUUGUGCUAAAUGUACUUUAAAAACACAGCAUGUUUAAUAUGAAUGU